CUCAGUGCCAUGAUUAUCGUCGAAUCUGCAAGCAUACCUACGAACCUACGCAUUGCACAACUGCUGCAAAACUAAGUUGUGCGCUGGUGUUUGUUGUGCGUUGACAAAGUGGUUUCUGUUGCAAGCAUGUUUGCUUCUACUCGCAUUUUGCAGACGGCAUUCGUCUUGUUCGUUGUGUGUCUUUCCCUUGGCUUCCUUCGGGCGACUUCUGAUGAAGUGGGUAAGGCGGGAUGUGGCCUGCAUUGGGAGGAAUGGAAAGAGGCCCACGAAAAGAAAUACGACAGCCUGACAGAAGAAGUCGACAAGAGGCAAGUGUGGGAGAAAAACAUAGUCGUUGUCAGGGAACACAACUCAAAGACAGGGAGAAGCUUUGAUCUCGCCAUGAACAAAUUUGGAGAUCAGACUCAUGCUGAGAUGAUUUCCCAGAUGAAAUAUCCGGUGGAUCCAAUCCAAAUUCCCAUCACGCCGCUCCUAAACGGGAUCGCCGAGCCACCGUCUAGUGUGGAUUGGCGCACCAAAGGCUACGUGACUCCAGUGCGAAACCAGGGAGCGUGUGGCGGAUCGGUCGCUUAUGCUGCUGCAGAUACCGUGGCAAGUCGAGAGGCCAUCCACGAAGCUAAGCCAGCCCGGGUUCUCAGCGCCCAAGAGAUCAACGACUGUUGUGCAAUAACACACAGAGCCUGCCUUCCCCCGAUAGUGCUGGACAAAGUGUUUGACUGCAUCCAUUCUAUUGGCGGUCUGUGUAUGGCGGAUUCAUACCACAAGUCGAAGAAUUUCACUUGUAACAACGGAACAUGCAGUCCAUUCGCAAAGGUACCGAAUGGAGGGGUGCAGGUAGCAACUGGGGAUGAGAAAGCCCUAGCCGCAGCCGUAGCCAUUGAACCAAUACUGGUCGGCUUGGAUGCAAAUCAUACAUCGUUCUUCAUGUAUCGUAGCGGUAUUUACAGCGAGCCGAACUGUAAGACUAAAGAACCCAACCAUGCCAUGGUCUUGGUCGGUUAUGGUAGCCAGAACGGACAGGAUUACUGGAUCUGCAAGAACUCUUGGGGGGCCGAUUGGGGAAUGCAAGGAUACAUUCUAAUGGCACGUAACCAUGGCAACAUGUGCGGUAUAGCUUCCAAUGCCACCUAUCCAAUGUAGGUUGGUUGUACCAGAUGGUCCAGGGCUGGGACGUUUCUGUGGCAAAACUGAGGAGGGCAUGUGGAUGGAGAUUUUCAAAGUAAACUCGGAACGAUGAUGAAACUUUGAGGCAAAAUCGUGAGAGAAAAUUUAUUGCAAUUGUCAGUUUGAGGCGGCAAGAACAGAUUAUAAAUCCAAAAAAUAGGCUGUUGAGAGACUGAUCAAAACAGCAUUCAUAAUAAUGUAUUUCAAAUGCAUGCUGAAAACCGACAAGGCCUCUAUCACUUCAACGGUGUCUGCAAAGCCUUUUGAAAUUGAACCUUAUCGGGACGAACGUUUUAUUCUAAAAAUACAUGGGCCAACCAGACCCUUACUUCUCGCCUACGUUUGCGUUGAUACCGUGGCAAAUCCAUUUCAGUGAAAAGGGCGCUCUGAAGUGAGAGAGGCAUUGGAGGCUUGACAGCGUGGUCUUAGAUGAACUGCAUGCUAACAUAUACUGACUACAAAACUGCACAGUGCGUCUUUCCAUCACUUUUGCCACGAAUCUGUACCCCAAAACACUUUGGUUUAACGGGCUUAUAAGAUCUUCGACCAGCAAGCCACAUUUCCAAGCGAGCAUGAGCCCCCGCGUAUCCAGGCAUCCCUGGCACUCAGCAAACCUGAGUACGGAACACCCUGGCCACCUAGUGAAACAGCGAGCCUGCCAGACAAACACCAACCUUCCAUAUUACAAGGGCAACUUUUCCUACAACCCAUCUUCAUCCAAGGCAACAUCAACGCUACAUCAUCCCUGAAAGGUCCGAGUCAGAUAUGACGCAACAUCCAAUGCAAUUAGAGCACGAAUGAGGCAAGGCAUACGUCAGUGAAACAGAUAAAAUUUUCAUCGCCUUUCUCAAGGCGCAUCCAGCACACGGCUGAAAAGACAAAACUGAAACUGAAAAUUUUUUGACUUAUACAGUCCACACGUUUUGAAUCAAAAAGUACUUUUCCCCUCAGGCGAAUGCGCCCUUGAGUUUCAAUACUCUAAAGCCCCACAUAUUGUGUUUUACUGUGCGCCUGUGCGCUUUCGUCAUAAAGAUAGAAUUCUCAAAUUACAAUUUCCAAACUGUAGCCAUUGUGAGGCUUACGACCUCCUUCGAAAUAACGUGUUGUAAUGACCAUGUGCCAUUUAGCUUUGGAGGCAAAUAUAGAUCGGGAGAUUAUUUGAAACUUUUGGAUUAAGACGAAUGAUGUUUGUGCCCCUUUGCGAAGAACUGUCUCCCCGGUGCGCCUCAGCACCUUUUGAUAAUACUAUUAGAAUUCUCCAUUUUUAUUCAUACUUCUGACCUUUUGUGCACUGAAAAUCGUCAGUUGCCAUUUAAAACAAAAAGUUAACAAAUCAUUCGUUUGAAAUUUACAGCUACUGAAUGGACAGCGCAAAUAAACUGUUUGUUUGUACAGUUCUUAAAUUGCAUGUAGUAUCAAGGAAGUGUAAUGAUUAUUUCUUAAUGCAGUAUAAUGUAAAAAACAAAACAAAACGUUAACUAAUAAUAGGGCACAAAAAAUUAAGUAUAAACACACCUCGUGAAAUGAAUCUGUGUGUCUUCUCUUACUUUAUUUCGUUCCUUGUAUGUUUUUCUUAAGGAUGUGCCUAAAUUUGAGCAAGCUAGACAGAAUAUCAUUUAGGAGGAAAGGCCAUUUGACACAAUAAAUGUCACCCUAUUUCCAUGCAAGGAGGUUACAUGAUUUCUGACCAUUUUCCUUUGCACCUUUUUGACUAGUAAGUACAGAUAGGCGAACACACCGCUGUGUGCAACGAUUUUUUAGCGUUUAUAUAUCAAACAGAAAUAUGAUCCCUGAUCCAGCAUAUAACAACAGCGCCCUCAGAUCAAGUGGAAAGUCCCUGUUACGAUGUGUACUAAAAAUAGCAGUUUGCCGGCCAUGAUGAGUUAGUUGGUAUUAAGCAUGGUAUUAAGUGUAGCUGGAAUAAUUUCAAAGUCAUUUUGAUCUCACGGACAAACAGGCAAAGGUGUUAUAGGUAUGGUUUAGACUAAGUUUAUUUCCUUACUUCAUGCACACCAGUCGUUUUUGUACACUCGUGGCUACAUUUGGGAGUGAAGGUGACACAGCAACACUCCGUGCAGUUUGGUUUAAUAGCUUGAGAAACUCAAGCCCUGAUAUAUUGGGCCUGUUUGUCAUCACACGGAUCUGGAUCUCAACCAGUGGUCCCAAUUGGAGCUGGUUCACUCCAUCCAUUUGGCUUGUUUUGGUAUAAAUGAACCAAUGCGCAAACAAACGGGCCCUUAACAUAGGGAUAUUUGCGUUUAUGGCUGGGGCCAAGAAUAUGCCCUUUGCUGUUUUAUCUGCUCAAAUUUCAGAUGUAAUGUUUGGGUAUAAGUCCUUCUUUCUGUUUAGAUUUGAUUUUGACCCUGACAAAACUCAUCUUAAAUCUUGCAAGGAUUAAAAUUCGGAAGCCGUUAAAAGAGUCACUGAACAUUGAAAUAGGCCUACAGUUUUAUACGGAAAAAAACGGCAUUUGGGGUCCAACUUCCGGACUUUCCGGACAUCAAAAUGGGAAUUACCAUGACGUCACAAUGUUGCAUCUCAUGUGUAGUUGGUGCGUUACACACACAAAAAUUCAUGACACGCGUGAAUAACCUGUCGGACUCUGUUACACAAUGCACCUAGUAUACACCCACAAUUUUUCCCGAUUUAAAAGAUGGCAGUUCCAGGAAGAAAUUCCAGGAGUUGCGCCAAAGAUAUCAUUUUUCGUGUUCAAGUAAAGUAUGUUACACUUUGAGUGACUCACGCGCUGUGUGUCACCCACGCAAUAUUAUGUGAGUUUUGUUGGGGUAGAUAUUAAAUUUGGCAGAAAGAGAAGACGUCUGCAAUCUGAGUGGAUUGUAAUGGAAAUUCGAAUUUCCCGAUGUCAUAGAUAUUACGGCUUGUACUGAGGUUAAGUUUACGAGGCAGUACUUUGCAAAUGAAAAUGGUGAUUUUUGCCUCUGUCACGUGGAUGGUGUUAUAAAUCCCCCAAAACAAGAGUGUGAAGAAAGUGAAAGAUGUUUGGUGCAUCUGAAGACGACACCUUAAUCAUCAUUCCAAUAUCAUAAACAUUGGGAUGAUUAUGAGCAAUGUCCAGACAUCGCUUUCAUGGUAGAUUUUAAAAAGCCCUUUCACCAUGCUUUUUUGGCCAGUGUUGCAAUUACAGUAUUGUAAUCGUUGAAGUUUUUUUCAGCUGUUCCCAAAUCUCAAUUUGGAACAGCUUUUGUAAUUGUUUAAGGUUUUUUUCCUUUUUUUUCUUUUUCUGCUACUUUUUCCUAAGGGGCACUUUGGCAAUUUCUUUCAGUCAGAUCAAUUUAAAACUUGGUAGAGUAAUUAACAAAAGACGUUCCCCUAAUUUUUUUUGUAAUCGUGACGUCAUCAGGGGGUCACUUGACCUCAAUUCAAAUGUUCAUUCGUUACAGUCUAAAAACUUGAUUUAACUCAAAUUUUGUAUGCACGUACUCAGGGAGGGGUUAUAAAUGAUAAUUGAUAUCUUGACCUCUAUCUUGACUUCUACUUUCGGUUUGACCGGAACUUGUAUUUUAACACACAAAUUGUCAUGUCUCAUGCACCAUACGUUCAAUUGCAGUGAUAAUUGGUUUUUCGUUAUAUAUGCCACUUUGGCAAUUAUUUGUAAUCCAAUUCAUUGCAAACUUAUGAUACUCGUUGAUAUGCUUUAAAAGACAAUAAAAAACAUUUUUGGAACAGCUAUGUGUUUGUUCACAAACA